UUAAAGCCCUGAGAGCGGUUUUUCAGCUCUCUCUCUCUCCGUGCACUGUUAGCUUCGCUUUCCCACAUUUCACCGUUCUUCCUCCUCACGAACCCCCCCUCCCCAGUACCCCCGAGGAAACCCCGACUUUCUCCGGUUUCCGGCGGAGAAAGGGCCGUCGCUCCCGGCUCCUUCCCGCAUUGAUCGAAGAUUUCGCGGUUUCUCUGCCGAUCGUUGCACUUGCAGCUGCUGCCCCACUUCUGCAGAAGUCGGCUGUGCGGUUCUUCUCUCGAGUCACCAUUUCUGAUACGUUUGCAAGCUUUAAGUUUUCUCAUGGCGAGUGACUCUUCAGUGAGCCUUCCUAAUGGAAAUAGCAAUGGAAACACUGAGCCUGAUCGGUGGAGGACUUACCAGGUCGUUGUUGCAGCUACUCGAGAGAUGGGUAUUGGCAAGGAUGGGAAACUCCCUUGGAAGUUGCCUUCUGACAUGAAAUUCUUCAAGGAACUCACUAUGGGGACCUCAGAACCUGGGAAAAAGAAUGCAGUUAUAAUGGGCAGAAAAACAUGGGAAAGUAUCCCUUCUGAAUAUCGACCUCUCGCUGGCCGACUCAACGUUGUUCUGACUCGCUCUGGGAGUUUUGAUAUUGCAACUGCAGAGAAUGUUCUGAUAUGUGGAAGCAUGUCCUCUGCUGUGGAACUGUUGGCUUCAUCUCCUUACUGUUUGUCAAUCGAGAAAGUCUUUGUCAUUGGAGGUGGUGAGAUCUAUAGAGAAGCUCUCAAUGCCCCCCAAUGUGAUACUAUUCAUAUAACAGAAAUCGAUGCAAGCAUUGAGUGUGACACUUUUAUCCCGAUGGUAGACACAUCUGUCUUUCAGCCCUGGUAUUCGUCCUUCCCGGUGGUGGAAAAUAAUACCCGAUUUGCCUUCACUACUUAUGUUCGUGUGAGGAGUUCUUGUGCUGAAUCUGAGAAUGGUGAUUCCGUUUCCAAUGGCAAACUGGAUUCUUCUAAGCUCGAGAUAAAGAAAUUCAAUUUCCUGCCAAAGAUGAUAUUUGAUAGACACGAGGAGUACAUGUAUCUGAAAUUGGUUGAGGAUAUCCUCUUGAACGGCACUCUGAAGGAUGACAGGACUGGAACGGGUACCCUAUCAAAAUUUGGUUGUCAGAUGCGAUUCAAUUUGCGUAGAACAUUUCCUCUCCUGACAACUAAGAAAGUGUUCUGGCGUGGUGUCGUUGAAGAGCUUCUGUGGUUCAUCAGUGGUUCAACAAACACUAAGAUUCUUCAGGAAAAGGGAAUUCAUAUAUGGGAUGGGAAUGCAUCCCGAGAAUACCUUGACAGUAUUGGUUUGAAAGAAAGAGAAGAAGGUGACUUGGGUCCCGUAUAUGGUUUCCAGUGGAGACACUUUGGUGCUCGGUACACAAACAUGCAUGCUGACUACACUGGCAAAGGAUUUGAUCAAUUGUUGGAUGUUAUCAAUAAGAUUAAGAAUAACCCCGAUGACCGCCGAAUUAUCCUAUCAGCUUGGAAUCCUUCCGAUCUGAAAUUGAUGGCACUCCCACCUUGUCAUGUGUUUGCACAGUUCUAUGUUGCAAAUGGAGAGUUGUCUUGUCAAAUGUAUCAGCGCUCAGCUGACAUGGGCUUGGGAGUGCCAUUCAAUAUUGCUUCUUAUGCUCUCCUGACUCGCAUGAUUGCACAAAUUUGUGAUCUUUCUGCUGGUGAUUUCGUCCAUGUUAUAGGGGACACGCAUGUUUACCGUACUCACAUUAGACCUCUUCAGGAGCAGCUUCAGAAAGCUCCGAGACCUUUUCCCAUACUAAAGAUCAACCCUGACAAGAAGGAUAUCGACUCUUUUGUGGCGUCUGAUUUCAAACUCUUGGGAUACGAUCCUCACGAGAAAAUCGAUAUGAAAAUGGCAGUAUAGCAUUAAAGGUCUCCUUAAGUGGGUCUUGGGAUUCCCUCCCUUCUAUGGGGCGCUUUUUGCUCUUACUAUGAGGCUAUAUGGAGGUUAUGCCGAUGAUUCUAGUUGGUCAUAUAUUCGUAAUUUUUGUCAUUCAUUUAGGAAGCGAUGAGAAUCCUUUAGUCCCACAAACAAUUGAGUGGUUCUAAGGUGAUUUAGGAUUUUAUAUAAACAUAAUACUGCUUGCUUGAUGAUGCAUGGAGCUUCAUGUUCGUUGUGAUUGCCUCUGAUAAUCUGGUAUGCUUUUGGAAGUACUGGAGUUCGGGGCAUCGGGAUUUCCUCUUGAGAUCCUAAACUCGAGUUAGUGUAUCUUGUUUUUCUUCUGGAGACAGAUUUGAGGAUUUUACUAGUUUGAUUGAAUUAGUUGCAAUCUUCUUUUGAGAUUCUAA